GUCGUCUAUGAGCGCCCUAUAUAGACGACACGGUUCCGAAACUCGUCGUCUAUACCUUUAGUAGACGACGUGUAUUGCCUGAUGUUGUGUAUUGCUCGAUAUAUAGACGACGUGAUACCAAGCUUGUCGUCAGAUUCAAUAAUUUUUUAAUUGAGUCGUGCCCUGCUCAAACCCAAAACUUGAACAUUCUGCCCUAGCUCUUGCCGCGCCGCUCACAACGUCUCCGCCGUUGCACCACCCAUCCAUCAGAAUCUCCGCCGUCCAGCAUCGUCGUCGCUCCACUGCCGCACCUGGCCGCCGGAUUCCCGUGCGUCACCGCCGAUUGCUGCGCCUAGCCUUCGCUGCCGAUUCCCAUCGAUUGGAGGUUAAUUUUAGCGAUUUCUCUCCAUCCUCCUCCAACCGCCAUCGAAUGCGACCUAGGCUGCUGCAGCCGCCGCUGCCAAGCCUUCUGCUGCCGCCGUCGAAUUCCACCGCUGCCAAGCCCUCUGCCGCCGCCGUCGGAUUCCGCCGCUGCCAAAAUUUGCUUGUCCGAGAAGGCAAGGAAAUGGAUUCAGUGCUUUAUACAUAUCGGAGUUGUGUUAAAGCCCUUCCACAGAAUAUUUUAUAUGAGAUAAUAGCUGGGCUUCGCAAUGUAAGUGCUGAUGCACCUAGUUCUUCUGCUGCACCUCGUAGCAUUUCAUCUACAAAAUCUGUGGGGGAACUACUCUCUGACAUAGCACCUGUCUGUAAUGUAAAUCUCUCCCCCUUCAAUUGA